AUGUCAAGCGGCGGCACGGAUAGACGACAACAAGUCCAGCUUGGUCAGCAAUACCGAGUGCCGUUCGCUGAGGUCGUCAAAGAUCUGAAGUUGCCCAAUGUAUUUGUUGCUGCGGUUGGCUGGAUUAGGGAUGCUGCUACGGUUCACGAUAUUUUGAGUAAUGGAAAGACUGAUGUCGUCCACGUUGCGCGCGAAUUCCUUCGUGACCCCAACUUUGUUCAAAAAGUUGCGUUGGAUACGGGCACCGAAGUAUCUUAG